AUGAGUGAAGAUAAGAUCUCUAGGAGUGGAAACUGGAGAGGAAAUAAUACCAGAGGACGAGGAAACAGAGGUAGGGGUAGAGGACAAGGUAGAGGAGGUUAUAAAAGUUUCAAUACAUCGUGGAAACCGAAAGAUGGACAAGAAUCUAUAGAUGAAUCAAAAAAGAUAGAACGAGCAGCCAGAUUUGGAGAAUCCAACAAAUUUGGAGCAGAAGAAUACGGAUUCGUUAGUCGUGGUGAAGACGAUCGAUUACAAAGGAGUAGUAAAGAGAGAGAAAAGUUUUUCGAUAAAAUUAUCAGGAAAUUCAUUGCGUAUUGUGAAUCUAAUGAUACAUCAACCUUGAGUAAAGAACUCAAACGUUUCACUGAAGACCACCAAAGUGAUGAGAAGAUAAAGAACGUAACCAUGGAUUCGAUUUUAUCAUCAUUGAGGAAAUUAAGAGAAUCUAUGAUCAAUGGAAAAUGUGAUAAAUUCACGGUAAAGGUAUUCUUAUUCUCUAUAAGAAUAUCAGCAAAUAUUGGACAUUAUCAAACAUAUUUACCAUCGAUUCACUUCUUGUUACAACAGCAAGAUCAAGAACUCUUACAAAAACCGGAGAAGAGGGAGAUUGUAACAUUACUUAUCCUUCAUUUGAGUCACUUCAGUAAGAAUAACUUGAAAGCAUUUAAAGAAUAUUUCGAAUAUUUCAAAGAUGAGGAAGAUCCAACUCUUUUACGAACCUUGAAAAGUUGGUCGACCAAAGAUUGUUUUAACUGGAUCAGACUAUACAAUAAUGAAAAUGAUAGUGCCAAAUCUACUAUCAUGAGAUUUGGAAUCAAUGCUAUAAUUGAGAGAAUGAUUCAAACAAUAAAUGUUUCUUAUUUCCAUUUGGAUUUAGAUUAUCUCAACAGAUCAUUACCUAAUGGGAUAACUUUUGAUAAUCUCCAAAAGAAUCAUAAUGUUACAUGGAAAGUAGAAGGAAAAAAUCUUAUCAUCAGAGAAAGGAAAGUCAAAUAA